GUUUUGAGAGUCAAUGGAAGCAAAAUGACGCUCAGCGAAAUGGAAAGAAACUCCAACCUAGGCGAGCUGAAGAAGGACUUGCCCGGUUUUUCACUGGAACAGAUCCUCAAGAAAUUGGGGCGCCAGUUCAAAAUCAAGGAAGAUGGAGAUAGUUUUCAGGUGGCCUUGGCAAAUGUGGAUUGGCGGCCAAUCCCUCACAAGGUCGUGACGCAUUUCUUACUACGUGCUGAUGGAUCCGUUGACGACAAGCAUAGCGUCGAAGACACGGGCUGCAGAAGCUUCAAAAACCACAAGCGUGAUGCGCGCAAAUUGCAGCGCAUGAAGGAUGGUGAGCAGAAAGGGCCAAGUAAAGGAGUGCCAAAGCAGCAAAAUCGGAACAGACGAAAAGAAAAGAAAGGCAAAGGGAGAAGCAAAGGUGACAGCAAGAAGGAAAAAGGAAAAGGAGGAAGAGAACGGAAAAGAGAAAGAGGAAAAGGAGGAAAAGGAAGAAAAGGAGGACGAGGAACAGAAGGAAAAGAAGAACAAGGGAAAGGAAGAGAGCGGAAAGGCGGAAAAGGAGGGAAAAAGGCAACAAAAGCAGAGCGUAAAGGGCAAGGCGACCAGGGCGCCGGGCCACCACGUGGAGGAGAGGAGUCUGAAGAUGGUUACAGAUCAAACAAGAGAAGUGCACCAAAGGAUAAUAGAGAGGAGCUAGGCCAGUCGGGCGAUCCCCUUCCAACAAGGCCAAGAAAGAGAAGAGUCUUCGCUCCCGAGCUUAGUGAACUUUCUGAUGGCCCUGAAGAUCAUGGGAGGCAGCCGGGAGAAGAUUGA